AUGUGGCUGGCCAAGUGGUGCGCGCCGACCGCGCGUGCCUAUGUGCGCGAUGCUGGCGCAGCUUUUUCUUUACCAGCAGCAUCUAUUCAUACAAGUGCGCCCUUGCUAGAAAGCAAGCGCAAACGAGUAGCGCGUCUGCGCCGGCAAAAGAACUUGGCGCAGCAGAACAUUAAGCAGCGCAUGUUUGAGAUGUCGAAGCCUGAUCCUGUGCUGGCACACCGUUUAAAUGAACAAGGACAUGCCACAUGGGCCAAUUCGGAGCUUGCGAAACUGAUCCUGUCGAAGACCGAGGUAUGGGGUCUCGUUGAGGACCGCCGUGGCCGGCUUCAGACUGUGUCGCCCUUGCCGCGUGAAGAGGAUGCUGAGGUCGAUACCGUAGUGGAAGAGUUCGGUGGGCCGCGCCGACUCAACUUUGGCCUGGACACGCGCGACCGGCGGACAUUAUUCCAAUCGCUUCCGCGAGUCAUGACGACGGAUCGUGCCAUGGACUUGACAGACUCGGUGCAGGGAGGCUCUGAUGCGUUCGCCGUCGAUCUGAAGCAGCUCGAGGAAGAGCAGGCUCAGAGUGCAGAGACUCUCUCACGCAUUCUCGACUUGCGCAAUGCAAGUGGUCGGGGUAUCCAGGUGGAAAACACACGUCGCAUUAUUGCUCACUUUGGCCGCUCUACGGAAAGUGGCGGGGCCGACACGGGCUCACCGGAGGUACAAGCGGCUCUUCUGACGUAUCGCAUUCGUAAUCUGGCUGAGCAUCUCCAGACGGCACGUCACGAUAACAGCAACCGCCGCUCGAUGCGGCACAUGGUCCAUCAGCGUGCCAAGAUUCUGCGCUACCUCAAGUCGCGCGAUCCUAUUCACUACCAAAAGUUCCUGCCCCGUAUCGGCGUCGAGGCGCGCGGUGUCGAGGGCGAAAUUGUCGUGCCUGGUAAACCCAAGGUCCGGCGUAUGUAG